GACACACCAGUACACCACACCAGGCGUCCAAAAGCAGCCGGCUAGCAGCGAUUUGGGUCUACUUCUACAGUUCUUCUUUGUGAGGCACAUGGAGAAGAGCAGGGUUCUUGUUGUUGGUGGCACCGGCUACAUCGGCAGGAGGAUCGUGAAGGCAAGCCUAUCUCAGGGCCACGAGACCUACGUCCUGAUGAGGCCCGAGAUCGGGCUCGACGUCGAGAAGCUCCAGCUGCUGCUGUCGUUCAAGGCGCAGGGAGUGCGGCUCAUGGAGGCGUCGCUGGACGACCACCGGGGACUCGUCGCCGCCGUGAAGCAGGUAGACGUGGUGGUCUCGGCCAUGUCCGGGGUUCAUUUCCGUGGCCACGGGCUCCUGCUGCAGCUCAAGCUGGUGGAGGCUAUCAAAGAAGCUGGAAACGUCAAGCGUUUCCUACCAUCUGAAUUCGGCAUGGACCCAGCAAGGAUGGGGCAUGCCCUUGAACCAGGAAGGAUCACAUUUGAUGAGAAGAUGGAGAUAAGAAGGGCGAUAGAAGAAGCAAACAUUCCCCACACCUAUAUUUCUGCUAACUGCUUUGCAGCUUACUUUGGUGCUAACCUUGGUCAAAUGCGUACCCUACUUCCACCCAAAGAGAAAGUUUAUGUAUAUGGGGAUGGCAACAUCAAAGGGAUAUUCCUGGACGAAAAAGAUGUUGCAACAUACACAAUCAAGUCGAUUGAUGAUCCACGGGCCUUGAACAAGACAAUAUACCUAAGACCGACAGAAAACAUCCUUAGUCAAAAUGAGCUGAUUGCUAAAUGGGAAAACCUCUCAGGAAAGGUUCUUCAGAAAAUUCCCAUUCAGAGUGAUGAAUUCUUGGCGUCAAUGAUAGGUACGGACCUUACUAAUCAAGUUGGGGUAGGGCAUUUCUACCACAUUUUCUAUGAGGGUUGCUUGACAAACUUUGACAUCAAAGACAAUGAGGAAGAAGAAGCUUCUCUACUCUACCCAGAUGUUCAGUACACCAGGAUGGAUGAGUACAUGAAACGCUAUUUGUAACAAAAAACAUUAUGAACCUGAACUAUAUUCAUGCAAGCUCAACAACAACAACAACACAUGCUAAAGAAUAAACAACAUCUAUGUUUGGAGAAAGAUUUACUAAUAAGUUACUCAACUAGGGCAUAGUUAUUCAAGUUAUAAUCAAGUCAAAUUAUGUGUUAUGUACUGUCUAUAGGUUCCAUGGAGAUGUCUAGAAUAAGAAAAGAGUUCAAUGUAAACUGAAAUGAAGACUCCAUCAGUUUGAAAUAAUUGGGAUUAUAUUUCUUGUAACUUUGAACUUAUAAAAUAUUUCUUAUUGGUUUUGUAUUUGCUGUAAUAGACUUCUAAAUUAUUUGGAUUGUACGCCAAUGAAAUUAGCUUUCAAGA